UAGAUGUUAGUAUAUGGUAUACCUGUCUACGUCACUUAAAAAGUCUUAAAGAGUUUGCUAAUCCUCUUUGCUGUGUCAACAAGGGCUGUAUGUGCACAGGUAUAUGCCAAUAAGGAUUAAGCUAUUGUUCCUUAUGUCUUGAUUAAAAUGAGGUGUCAACCACUGGCAAUUAGAGUGUUUGUUGACGACGAGACGCAGCGUUUAUACAAAACCUUUAGGGAAGCUAAUUACUCGACGUUUCUUUUGUUUUAACGCGCGCCCUGCGGCCUUUAAACAAACAUAUCUCCCAGGCAUGCGGAACUGCAUUUAAGACAUACACCGUUAUAACGAGGAUCGAGUGUAUAUAAAGACGGUAUACCAGCCACCCGUGACCUAAUUUCAGCUUUAGGUGUGGUUCGUGUUGUUUGAAUACCGGCAACGGAAAUAACACACAGCAUUGAACAUGGCGUCUGAGUCGCGUUAUACCGAGGCGUAGGUCUAUAAAGUAGUAGACUCCAUGGUGACGUUUUGUUCACGUUGACAGCAGAGUCAUACUUGACUGGUCAUGAAGUUGACACAGGGAACAUCCCUGAACUCGUCCAUGGGCAGUCAUUUCAUCGAUCACGUCAUCAAAAAGAGCAUGGAGGGACUCUCGUCAGACAAGUACGCUGUGUUGGACGAUCACACACAUCCUCACCAUGAAGUCACGUUGUGUCAGAUGACGUUGUUUGUUAUCUACGUCGGCGUGACGUUCCUGUACGCAGUCAGAGCGCCACGCUCCUUUGUCAGGGGUAAACAAGACGAACCCGAACCGGAUGUGGAAAGAACACGUGACACAAAGCCAGUCACCAAUCACGUUGCAGUAGAAGUUAAGGAUGCUAAUGACUCAAACGUUGUCAAAGAGAGCGAGAAAGCAAGUGUCCAAACCCCGAAGAGGCCCCCACCACCUCCACCUCCAACUUUUGACGCUUUCCUCAAAUGCAUCAUUGUGUUUGGUGCCAUCAUGGGGUAUUACUUUCUCUGCGAUUACAUCAAGGUGUUCCCCGCCGAGCCCCGCGUGUACAGCCGGGACACCUUUCUGUUCCUGGUGUUCCUCCUGUUCCUCGUCGCGUGUGUGUUCACCAUCCGGCCAACCAAGGACAUCAUUCUUAACAGGGAGCAGACGGAGGAAUGGAAGGGCUGGAUGCAGGUGAUGUUUGUGUGGUACCACUACUUCGCGGCCAAGGAGUGGUACAACUGGAUCCGAGUCUACAUCGCCUGCUAUGUCUGGAUGACAGGAUUCGGUAACUUCUCCUUCUUCUGGGUCAGGAAAGACUUUUCCCUAUGGCGAAUUAUCAAAAUGAUGUUCAGACUGAACUUCCUCGUCAUUUUCGUCGUCAUGACAACCAACAACGAGUACAUGUUGUAUUACAUCUGCGCCAUGCACACCUACUGGUUCAUCACGGUCUAUGUGUUCAUGCGCGUUCUCAACAGCUGGAACCAGAACAGGAUAAAGAUGGCGGUCAAGUUUGCCGCUUACAUAAUAUGCAACGCCCUUAUAUUUGAAAUCUCUGGAGCGUGCUCAACCCUAUUCCGUCCAUUGUGGUUCAUAUUUGGUCUGCACGAGACGAAACACGACAUCAUGCAUGAAUGGGAGUUCAGAGCUGGACUGGACCACUGGGCGUGUCUGACCGGGAUGCUAUGCGCCUACAACUAUCCUUACUUUGAGGCUUUAUUGAAACGACUUGAAAAGGAAGCGAACAGCAGGAGAGAAAAAUACACUCAAAUAGGCGUCAAGAUUAUCAUGAUCGUAGUUGCCCUAGCGGUCGGUGUGCUGUGGUAUACAACGUUCAUGCGUAAAGACAAAUAUGCGUACAACAGAACACACUGUUACUCAUCCAUGAUCCCAAUACUUGUUUUCAUUGUGCUAAGGAACUGCUUUCCUGUCCUCCGGCGACACUACAUCCAUAUGUUCGCGUGGCUAGGCAAGAUCACCCUGGAGACAUAUCUCUCACAGCUCCAUAUAUAUCUCCAGUCGAAUGCCAAGGAUUUGCUUGGCUAUCUUGUAGAUCAGCCGCUUCUGAAUUUCGCUCUAGCAACCAUCAUUUACCUGCUCGUCUCAUACAUGUUGUUUCAUCUAACCACGGAAUUCAGUUCAUUCUUGAUACCCAAAGACUUGAGCGUGGUGUCCAAAUACGCCGUCACCGGUGCCAUCGUUGUUGCUGUUGCUGCCGCAGUUGCAUUUGGGAUUCAGGUGUCUCUAGGGGGACAUAUUCUUGUGUGAAUGUCACUGGUAUAGAAGAAUGAAAUGACACUUGCAGUGCUUGCAUUCAUUAAGGGUAUAUGAUAAGGUGGCAUUUACUCUGGGAAUUGUUUAUGAUUUAUUUAUUACAUUUUUGCGAGUGGUAUAUUAUGUUCUUUGCGAAUGCAGGGGAAGAACCUGUUGAUUAUGACUGAACCCGAUGGAUAUGAGUGAUGGGUGGGACCACAACGCGUGUAGUUAUCUUUUCACGCUUUUCCCUGCCAUGCUCUGUCCUCUAGUACAACACGUUGAUUAGGGAGGUAUGGUUGGCCAAAUAGUGGAAAGAAGCGCAUCUCGCUCUACACAACCUCCAGCUUGUCGAAGCAGGAUCCGCUGAUCUCGGGCUCUUAUCUCUGCAUCAUGCUCAAACAGUCAGCAAUUACUCAUGCGCUUGAGUUUCAAAGUGUUACUCUAAAAUACUGUCCGAAGUAGGGUUACACCCAAAUCGCUCGCUCAUUCGAACGUGUCACUGUUGCACUGUGGUAUUCUGGGAUUCGAGAUGAGGCCUGACUGUAUUGUGUUAAUAUUUACGUAUCGGAACGUUUAGUGUGGAUCUCUUUUACAGACUACAGUAUUGCAUGUUGACAUAGCAGGAACAAGUGAUGUAUGUGAUGUUUUGUAUCGGGAUAGCAUAUGUUCGUUGUGCCAUGUCUUCGUUGAGGUUUUACAUCCUUAUAGGGAGGGGCGGUCGGGUAGCCUAGUGGUUAAAGCGUUCGCUCGUCACGCCGAAGACCCGGGUUCGAUUCCCGACAUGGGUACAAUGUGUGAAGCCCAUUUCUGGUGUCCCCCGCCGUGAUAUUGCUGGAAUAUUGCUAAAAGCGGCGUAAAACCAUACUCACUCACUCACUCACUCCUUAUAGGGACCGACCAUUGGAUAUUUGUGUUUAUGUCCGUUUAUUCUGGGGUUUACGAUAAUAUGUUUCUGUUACAGCUGCAAAACCAGAUAUUUCUUAAUCAAAACCAUCAGCCCCUGAAUAUUUUUUUAAAGUUAAACACCUUGCAAUAUUGUAGAUUUUGUGGCAGAUAAUUUCUUUUUUUUUCAACAGUCUCAAUUAUUAUCAUAAUUAUUAUUUUAAGAGUCAAUGGGACAUUUUUUUUAUAUCAUUUGGUCAAUUCGUAAGAACAGAAUGGUAUUUGAGAAACAGGUUCAGCGGAAAUUCCGUGUCAUAUCAGGUCAAAAUGAACCUCGCAUAGUACUGGCUGCAUAGAAAGAGUAAAGAGCUAUAGAUCGACGUCAGGGCUGAACUGGACAUAGCACGAGGGAGUGUGUUAGUGCAGUUGUGUGAUUGAGUGUAGUCAGUGUGAGAUAGACUGAACAUGUAGUCUGUGAAAUCUUUUAUUACACAAUAUAUUUCUCUCCUCUAAAAUUAAAACAUAUAAUUUUCCUGAUGCUGGAAAUAUUAACAAGCUUGACAUAUUCCAGACCAUUCAUCUUAAGGAAGGCAUCAGAUUCAAUAAUACGGAUUCAAUACGACACGAUUCAAUACUACAGAUUCAAUUCCACACGAUUCAAUACAACAGAUUCAAUACCACAAGAUUCAAUUCUAAGCGAUUCAAUACUGCACGAUUCAAUACCACACGAUUCAAUACUACACGAUUCAAUACCACACGAUUCAAUAAUAUACGAUUCAAUACCACAUGAUUCAAUACUACACGAUUCAAGACUGAGCCACUUCAGAGCUAUAAAAAGAGCUGGCAUCAUGAUAUAUAGCUAUAUUGGUUUGUUUUCAUAAAAUAAAUAAUUUAUAUUCCACAGUCAUGGCGCAGGACUAAGUGAGAGAUUGAAUGUAGUGAUUGGUUGGUUGAGUGAUUGGUUGGUUGAGUGAGUGAGAGUGAGUGAGUGAGGGAGGGAGGGAAUGGCUGCUUGGUGGAAUGUAUGGUUUUAGUAACAGGGUUAUUUGACUUUAAUGUAAAUUAUGUAUAUUCGCAAUCAGACGAUGACGCUACGUGUUGACACUAAUAUCUAAUACAUCGAACUGAAGUUAAAAAGACACAUGUAUACGGUAACUGUUUCUUCACUGGUCGACUAACACCCAUUCCACUUAACAUGUAAUAUAUGUUGCACAGACAUAUUGCACAGAAGUUGGUUCUACUCCUACCUUAGACUCGUUAGAGCUGAUAUCUACUUGUUAUUUAACUUUGCAUGUCACAUGGUGGACAUAUUAUUGGGGAUAACCGAAUGUGAUGGUAUAUUUUCUGGAAAAUAUAUUUUUAUAGUUUUAUUUUUAUGUGGGUCUUUUUUGUGUGCAUUAAAUGCAUUGGUCUAUUGUU